CACUGUUUCAGGUAAGUUUUGUAGAGUGUGUAAAACAACGCGCGCGUUUUGUUUUUAUGCGAGACCGCUCAUAAUCGUUUAUCAAAAUUUUCAAUUACAAUUGAAAUCCAUAUGGAAUAUUGUAUUAAACAAUGGACAAUCACGACAAAAGUACGUCUUCGACAGUGAUAGAAGUUUCCGAAAAUAUUGCGGUUAACGCGGUUCAACCGAAUGCGCCACCAGUGACAAUGGCCUCGAAGCGUGCAGCCGAAGCGGAACCCGGCUGCCCCAGAAAAUUUAAAGCACCGAGGAAGGCAUACAUCUAUGGGAAUUACGAUAGGUACUAUGGCUACCGGAAUAUGCACGAGACUCCCCGAGAGGAUGUGCGAUUGCAGGCUUUCAUCGAGCAGAAACAUCUGAUUCAGGCUAAACGUUUACUGGACAUUGGAUGCAACAACGGUUCGUUGACGCUGGAAAUUGCAAGGCAUUGCAAACCGACAAGUGUGGUUGGAAUCGAUAUUGACGGAGAUUUGAUUGCAAGCGCUAGGCGACAUUUAAUCCAUAUGAUCAAAACUAGUUCCAAAGAAGAAUGCGCUGAAACCGAACAUUUAUCGUCCGUACAGUUUCGCAAAGCCAAUUAUGUGUACGAAGAUGAGUCGCUUCUGGACAAUGAGAAACCGCAAUUCGAUGUCAUUCUGUGCCUAUCGGUGACGAAAUGGAUCCACCUAAACUUUGGUGACAAAGCAAUGAAACUAGUAUUCCGGCGAGUGUACCGGCAGUUGCACCCUGGGGGUGUUUUCAUCCUGGAAGCUCAACCAUGGAGCAGCUACAAACGUCGCAAAAAGUUGACCGAGCAAAUAUUGGCUAACUUCAAUCAGAUAACUUUCAAACCGGAUAACUUCAACGCCUAUCUAUUGGGCGAUGAUGUUGGCUUUCGAGAGGUUUCUGAAUUGAAAGUAUCGGACCACACGGUGAAAGGAUUUCGCAGGCCGAUUUUCGUGUUCCGAAAGUAAGGUGAGCUCUAGUCUUUUCCUUCCUUAUUUUGACACAUUAAACUGUGAAUAAAUAUCGAGAUUGUUACCCGCUAAUCAAUACAGCGCGUUUUAAAUUAGGUAUAAAAUAUUAGUUUUGAUAGUGGUAAGAUUUGAAUUUUAUUUUGAAGAGUUCGAAUUAAGUUUUGUUAAGCCACUACCAGAUUGGAUGGGGAGCAAAAUAGAUAGGUUGAUAUGAAUAGGUAACUAAAUUAAACUGAACAUGUGAUGAAAGACUCGAGACCCGAAAUGAACCUUAUGGGCUUGGUAUCUAACUAUAUAUCAAUUAAGUAAUACAAACCACAAAACAUGAGCCUUUAUCGGCUAAUGGUCACAUUUGGAUCGAAUUUCAACAA